GCAAGUGACCACUCUGUUCAUCUGAAUCACUUGGUAUGGCGAGUACAAGUUGUUCCACGUUUCCUCUAUCCAAACACCACUUCCCCCUCUCGUAUUCCUCAACCCCAACAACAGCAAUCUUCUCCUCACCAAUUCCUUCUGCUCCAACCCUUCUUCCCAAAACACUCACUGUUUCUCGCACAACAUCAAAACCCCUCCUCUCUAAAUCAAAAUCAAAUGGUGGCCUCAUUGUUUCUCGUCUCAAUGAUUGUUCGAUCGAUGGUUCAACCAAAGAAAACAGCCCCCAAAUUGAAGUCAAAACCUGCAUGUGGAACUGGAAGGGUUAUUCUAUCCGUUAUCAGUACUCUGGGAAAAGUGGCCCUGCUUUAGUACUGGUUCAUGGUUUUGGAGCAAACAGUGACCACUGGAGGAAAAAUAUUCUGGUUCUGGCACAGUCACAUAGGGUAUUCUCAAUUGAUCUGAUUGGUUAUGGUUAUUCAGACAAACCAAAUCCUCGUGAGUUUGGAGUGAACUCCUUUUAUACAUUUGAGACAUGGGCCACACAGCUAAAUGAGUUCUGUAUUGACGUGGUGAAAGACGAUGCAUUCUUUAUAUGCAAUUCUAUUGGAGGAGUUGUUGGUCUUCAAGCAGUGGUUAUGGAGCCACGGAUCUGUAAGGGCAUAAUCCUUCUAAAUAUAUCUCUUCGUAUGCUUCAUAUUAAGAAACAGCCUUGGUUCGCACGACCUCUAAUUAGAUCAUUCCAGAGUCUCCUGAGGAAUACAGCUGUUGGCAAAUUUUUUUUUAGAACGGUUGCCAAACCAGAGUCAGUGAGGAAUAUUCUUUGCCAGUGUUAUCAUGACACUUCCCAGGUGACAGAUGAAUUAGUUCAGAUUAUCCUUCUUCCAGGACUUGAGCCUGGUGCUGCAGAUGUGUUUCUUGAGUUCAUUUGUUAUUCAGGGGGGCCUCUUCCUGAGGAACUACUGCCUCAAGUGAAGUGUCCCGUUUUGGUAGGAUGGGGUGACAAGGAUCCCUGGGAGCCCAUUGAACUUGGAAGAGCCUUUGGAAAUUUUGAUUGUGUAGAAGACUUCAUUGUCCUCCCUGACGUAGGCCAUUGCCCUCAGGAUGAGGCACCCCAUCUUGUGAACCCAAUUGUUGAGUCAUUUGUGGCGCGCCAUGCAAAAUCGGAAGCUAGUCUGCCACAAACGUGAUCUGAUCCGUUCUCAGAGAACGGUUGUUUAAUACCACAUCUCAUCUCAGCUGAAUUCCGAAUCCAGAAUAGGUGAGACUCAGAUUGAAUUGUGUAUAAUGAGACUAGUUUCAAACUAAUAAUUUUUUGGCUCAAGAAAAUGUAUAAAAUUUGAAGUGAUGAUUCAAUUAAGUGUGCUUGCUAUUGCAAUUUAGAUA